ACAGAAAAUCCCCUUUAAAGAACAAAGCCUCAUCGGUAAUAUGCAUGUCAAAUGCAAAACCUGUUCUUUCCUUAUUCGGUACGAGCUCUGAUAAAAACUGGUAAUACACGAAUAUGUCUUCCACUGGCAUCCGAAUGGGUUCCGAAUCUACGUACCCUUUAUUUCAGCACAACACAAAUGGCGAAUUUUAAUUGCGGAUCGGUGGUUCGUUUCUAACAAAUCAUUAUUCGCCUCGUGAGAACAGCAACAGCACAAUGUGCACGAUAUAAUAUCGAAGUCUCGCGAUCGCGUGUUCGUAUUCGCAUCGGUGAAGUAGAGCAGUAAAGAUGGGCUCACGCAUCGAAGUGUGCUUCCGGGAAUCGUCAUCGCAAACGCUGCUUUCGAUUGUAAUGUUACUGUUUGCAACUAGAGUUAUCGUACUCGCAGAUUUAGAAGGUACAUACAAAAGUUUAAUGAUUUGUAUGAAAUACUGGUUUUCCCUUAAACAAUUUAUUUCAGUUGGUGAACGAUGCACAGUGCAGCGUACGAAUGAACCUGGCAUCUGCCGUCCAGUUUCCGACUGCACGCCUGUAAUCGAUGACAUACGCAAUCGACGGGGAAAUCCUACCAAGUGUGGUUUUAUCGAUCGUGUGCAGAUUGUUUGCUGUCCACAAUCUGGUACCAUAUCUGUAGCAUCAUCUUCACACGCUCCCGCGGUACAGAAUAAUCGUGAUCGAAACAUGGAAAAGUGUGUCGAAUAUGGACAGGCGGUAUUUUCGAAGGAAUAUGUAAACUCACUGACUGCUGAUGAACCGAAAUUGCAAACGAUCGAUAAGUGUGGACACACCGCAGUGGAGUUAAUAGUGGACGGUGAACUGGCCAAAGCGCGUGAAUUUCCACACAUGGCGCUGAUUGGUUUUGGGGCGGCGCCUGAUAUUCGAUAUCUAUGUGGAGGAUCACUUGUUUCCGAUCGGUUUGUACUAACUGCUGGACAUUGUCUAACGUCCACGAACUUUGGAUCAGCUACAAUCGUACGGUUGGGCGAGCUGUCUUUGAGUUCGUCGAAGGAUGAAGCCUUCCCAGAGGAUUAUGAUGUCGCUGAACGGAUACCCCACCCAGAGUACAAACAAACGUCACACUACAAUGACAUCGCACUCAUCAAGCUGCAACGUAAAGUGAUUUUCUCCCCCUACAUACGACCCAUCUGUUUGCCAGUGCUUGAAACCAUCUCACAAAAGCGUGCCAUUGCUACGGGUUGGGGUGCGAUCGGGUUUGGAUUAGAACAAAGCAGUGCACUCCUCAAAGUUACCCUUGACAUGUUCGGCUUCGACGAAUGCAAAACUUUGUUUGAACCUACGCGUAAACUGCGGAGCGGUCUUAACGCAACAACGCAAAUGUGUGCCGGUUCACGCAAUUCUACCAAGGACACUUGCCAGGGUGAUUCCGGUGGGCCACUGCAAGUGUACAACGAUGCUAACGUUUACUGCACCUACGUCGUUAUCGGCGUUACCUCUUUCGGGCAAAACUGUGGGUUGGCCGGGGUACCGGCAGUGUAUACUACCGUCUUUCCAUAUCUUUCGUGGAUAGAAAAUUUGUUGUUUUAA